AGACAUGCGUGGCUUUCUUUCAAUCAGGAUUUUUGGAAGGGGAAGUUGUGUCAUCUGACCAUAUAAAAACCCUUCGAGUUCAACUGCCGAUUCAUUGUGGAUGCGAGCGAGAAGACCAAGACAAGGAAGAUGACAAUGAUUUGCCUCAUGCUACUUUGUGCGUGGCUGCAAUCCAGCCAUCAAAACCCGAUAGAUCAAUGGACCCUUCGACCCAACGUUCUGGUUGUCCAAGUGACCGGUGAAACGGGCGUGGUGCACGUCACCUGUCUUAACCAAACAACGGAGCCCAGAACGGCGGUGACACCAAACAUCACUUGGAGGAAAGACGGAGUAGAGCUACGUGAAAAAGGAAACACAUACAGCAUCAGGCUGCAGCAGAGCUUGCCAGGAGGGAAUUACACGUGUCACCUCGAAGACGGAUCCCUGCUCAACUACACCACCGUCCUGCUCUACAGGACUGACCAAAGCAGGAGAAUCCUGAAAUCUACAGGCUUGGAUGAGUAUUUACAGUGUGCAACUGAGAACUACAACGGAGGCUUUCACUGCUCGUGGACCAAGGGCACAUCCAGGGACGGACAUGUAGUACAUGUCAGUGCUCAGCGCCAGAACAGCGACGGCGACGACUAUCGAUGCUCCGCGGACUCCAGCGGCGACCGAUGGUCGUGUGCUUCUGAGAGAAGUCGAAUGACGUGUUCAGUGAACGCCACCAACUGUCAGAUCUCAUGCAUGGACGAGCAACACUGCCCCUACAGUGAGGAGACCAAGCCCAUCGAAGUCAUGAUCUAUUUUCGAAGUGAUUAUUAUCAAGUUGAGUUCUAUUCAAAGCAGUUCCUCCUGUCAGAGAUAGUGAAGCCAGGGAUGCUGGGGUUCAGCAAGAUCAACAAGACACUCAUAAGCUUGAGUUACCCAAGGUCCUGGAACACGCCCCACUCGUAUUUUCCCCUGACAUUUCAGGUGGUGCAGUAUAGGAAGGCACGCACAAAGUGUCCAAACCCAAGUGAUAAUGGACACGCUCGCCUGUCGGAGUCCUCCCUCAUUGAAGUCAGCCCGAAAACCGGGUCUGUCUGUGUCCGUGCUAGAGAUUCCUUCAGCAACUCCAACUGGGGGGAGUUUAGCCUGUACAGAGUGAGAGAAGGUGCUGGUAGGCGGAAUAGAAAGCCAAAUGGACCAAACAAGUGGAAAUGGGACCAGCAGUGAAGUGUAUGCAUGUGUUUGACUGGAUCUGUCUCUCCUCUCCUUUAGCUUUCUGCCCAAGCUCCGCUGGCACUCUGGCGGAGGGUUUCAAGUAUAAAACCUGACCUUCUUCACCCCUUCCAACUCGGAUUCUGGUCUUUGUGUCCAAGCUAUAAUGUCUAUACAUGAUGGCAGGUCUCACUACU